GGACAUACCAACACUAUACCUCCUCAUGAAUAUUGCGACCAGCUGUCUGCUGGAAGAGCCAAAGGAAUAGCGGAUUAUCUCAUAAAAAGAGGGAUUGAUGCCAAAAGGGUCGGCUACAAAGGCUAUGGGAAGAGAGAACCACUGACUGACAGUAGGUUUGCCAUCUGUGAUCAUCAUGAUCUGCUUAUUGGGGUUUUUACGUUUUCUGAGGAUUUCCAUAGCCAGUUCCAGGCCUGCAACUGUAUUGGUAUGGUAUGGUCCCACCUGAAGAUAGGUCAGCGCAAUAUUUUCAGGAGUAUCCCCGAAAACAAAUGGUCUGAGCUCAGAAGUAAUUUCAUCUCCUUGUCCGCUGAGGCAAGCAGGAAAGCGGUGGUCUUUAUUAAAUCUAUCAUUCGUCCGGAUGAACUUUUAGUCCAAAACUAUUCCAAUACGGGGUCGGGAGUCCUUAUCAGCUCUGAUGGGUAUAUUGUCACCAAUCAGCAUGUUAUUCAUUCUGCUUCAAAGGUCGAAGUGACCCUUAAUGAUAACAGGACCUACAUUGCCAAGCUUAUCGGUGCAGAUAAAAAUACUGACCUUGCCUUAUUAAAAAUAGAAGUGGAAAAUGCAGACUUUUUAUCCUUUGGCAAUUCUGAUUCGCUACGGAUAGGAGAGUGGGUGCUGGCAGUAGGCAAUCCUUUCAGGCUCCAAUCUUCUGUUACCGCUGGUAUCGUAAGCGCAAAAGCCAGAAGUAUCAAUCUGCUUGAAAAUCAAGGUAUAGAAUCUUUUAUACAAACAGAUGCGGCUUUUAAUCCGGGUAGCAGUGGUGGCGCUCUGGUGAGUACGGCUGGUCUUCUGGUUGGGGUCUCUACUGCCAUCAUGAGCGAAUCCGGAAGAUAUGAAGGUUUUUCUUUUGCAAUUCCUGCCAACCUUGCCAGGAAAGUAGUGGCUGAUCUCAAAGAAUUUGGAACAGUGCAAAGAGGUUGGUUGGGUGUGGAUAUCGAAAAUAUUGAUAAUAAAAUGGCCGAAGAAAUGGACUUGAGUGAAGUUUCCGGGGUAUUGAUAUCACACGUGACCAAGGAUGGAGGCGCUUAUGAAGCAGGUAUUCGUUCCAAUGAUGUCAUCAUCAGCGUCAAUAAUAUUAAAAUACAUAAUACUUCUGAAUUUAUGGAAAUUUUGGGUCAAUACAGACCGGGAGAAAAACUCCAAAUCAUUUACAUCAGGAGUAAAGAUAAAAAAACUGCUUUUCCUAUUUUGAGAAAUCAACUAAAUACUACAGAUCUUAUAGGAAUUGCUGCUGAUGGAGCUUUUCAUGAACUUGGUAUUGAAGUCAGAGAAUUGGACAGUUAUGAAAAAGCGAUAUAUACACCCGGCGGUGUAAAAGUAAUAAGUAUAACAAACGGAAGUAUCAUAGCAAACACAAAAAUGGAACCGGACUACAUCAUCACCAAAAUAAAUAAUGUAAAGAUUUCCGGUAUGGCACAAUUUAGAAAAAUAUUAGAAGACUUCAAAGGCAAAUCUGUCAUUUUAGAGGGCUUUUAUCCUAAAUUUCCA